UCACGAUCAAAUCGAGGGUCCGUACAAUGAUGUUAGUUUGAGAAUAUCGUUGAGUUGGAAGACACGAUUCCUUGGCGAUGUUUAAUAGCUGGACUGUGCCUACAGCACUCUGUUGAGCAUGGGAAGACUUUCUGACGUCUUUUGCGCAUUUCCUGCAUCAAGGCUAACAGAGUAGGAGGGAAAGCGAGAGAGAGAGGGAGUAGGAAAUCACCGCAGCCACCAACAACAGUCUCAGCAGCUUGGCCCCGCGAGUUGCCAACAGCAGUCAGCAACCAAAAACAACAAAAAAGAAAGCAGGUAGUGGUGAUAAUCAUAUUGCUCUAUGCCCCCUCCUCAUCACUCGGUGUAAUUAUAGUUGUAUAACAAAAACCCUCCAGUUUGUUUGGAUACAAACCCCCCAAAAAGUCGAUUUCCUGCAUGUAACCCGCUUGUGCACAGUGCAGCCAGCAGCCAGCCAGCCGUGUGUGGAUCAGAUCACGGCGAGCCGAAAGGGGGAAGAGUCGGUAUGCGGACCGCUAGAUGAGCAGCACAAGAACAUUGAUUCAUUCCCUUUUAACCUGGACAAUUUGUCGGCGGUUACAAAAAAGUUUGAGACAAUUCUCUCUCCUUUGCCCACUUGCACCCCCACCUCCUUCCUCCAACCUUCCCUCGCCCUCCCUGAAUCCCAUCCAAGGAUUUGUGCGAGGAGUUUGAAGGGGCCGGAGUUUUGUUGUUGUUGUUUUUUGCCCUCCCGGGGUCAAGUUGUGCCGCAGCUCCGGCGUCAGAUAAACUAGCCGCCGGAGGGUCGACAGUCUCCCUUCCAUACCAAGGAUAGUUUAUUUUUCUCUUUCUCCACCUUCCCGCGGAAAAGCAGCGGCGGAUCGAGAGCGGGAGGGCAGGGAGGGAGGGAGGGAGGGAGGCGGCGGCGGAUUCGGACGGCAGCGCCUGGCGGGCGGGCGAGCUCGUCUCCCCGUCCCCUCCCCUCCCCGCCCCCUCCCCCUCUCCGCACAGCGGAGCGAUGGUCGUCUUCAACGGGCUGCUGAAGAUCAGGAUCAGCGAGGCUGUCGACUUGAAGCCCACCCCGUGGUCGCUGAGACACGCAGUGGGUUCCAGGCCCCAGACUUUCCUGCUCGACCCUUACAUCGCGGUCAACGUUGACGACUCUCGGAUCGGCCAGACGGCCACCAAGCAAAAGACCAACAGCCCCGCCUGGAACGAUGACUUCGUUACCGACGUGUGCAACGGCAGGAAAAUCGAGCUGGCCGUCUUCCACGAUGCGCCCAUCGGUUACGACGAUUUUGUGGCUAACUGUACCAUUCAGUUCGAGGAUCUAUUGCAGAAUGGCAGCAGGCACUUCGAAGACUGGAUCGACCUGGAACCAGAAGGCAGAUUGUACGUUGUCAUAGAUCUCUCGGGAUCAUCGAGUGAAGCACCAAAGGACAAUGCCGAACGUGUGUUUAGAGAACGAAUGCGGCCCAGGAAGAGACAAGGAGCUGUACGGCGGAGGGUCCAUCAGGUCAAUGGACACAAGUUUAUGGCCACCUAUCUUAGACAGCCAACAUAUUGUUCGCAUUGCCGUGACUUUAUUUGGGGAGUGAUAGGUAAACAAGGAUACCAGUGCCAGGUUUGUACUUGUGUGGUGCAUAAACGAUGUCACGAACUUAUCAUAACCAAGUGUGCUGGCUUGAAGAAACAAGAAGCACAGGAUGAGGUGGGCUCUCAACGCUUCAGUGUCAACAUGCCUCACAAGUUUAGCAUUCACAACUUCAAAGUACCCACGUUCUGUGAUCACUGUGGCUCUCUACUCUGGGGUUUAUUGAAACAAGGAUUACAAUGCAAAGUAUGCAAGAUGAAUGUCCACAGACGCUGUGAGUCCAACGUGGCACCAAACUGUGGAGUCGAUGCUCGUGGCAUAGCAAAGGUGCUUGCAGAUCUCGGCGUCACUCCAGAUAAGAUCACAAACAGUGGGCAAAGGAAAAAGAAGUUAAACACAGGUCCUGAUCCACAGCAAUCAGUUCCAGGUUUGGCACCAUCUGAUGAAGAUAGAUCAAAAUCAGCACCAACAUCACCGUCUGAUCAGGAACUAAAAGAACUUGAAAACAACAUUAGAAAAGCUCUUUCAUUUGAGAAUAGAGGAGAUGAACACAAAGGAGCGGAAGCAGAUCAACAAGUACUAACGCCUGAUGAAAACGGGGAAAAUGGAGAAUUGAAAGAGUUCCAGACCAGGCAGUACAACUUAGAAGAUUUUUCCUUCAUUAAAGUAUUAGGAAAAGGCAGUUUUGGCAAGGUCAUGCUGGCUGAACUGAAAGGUACAGAUGAGGUCUAUGCUGUGAAGGUGCUAAAGAAAGACGUUAUUCUCCAAGAUGAUGAUGUGGACUGCACAAUGACCGAGAAAAGAAUUCUGGCUUUAGCAAGAAGACAUCAUUACUUGACCCAACUCUUCUGUUGCUUCCAGACAAAGGACCGCCUAUUUUUCGUUAUGGAAUACGUAAAUGGAGGCGAUUUAAUGUUUCAAAUCCAACGUUCCCGCAAGUUUGAUGAAGCUCGAUCAAGGUUUUAUGCAGCAGAAGUCACCUCGGCACUGAUGUUCCUUCACCAAAAUGGCGUCAUCUACAGGGAUCUGAAACUGGACAAUAUUUUACUGGAUGCUGAGGGUCAUUGCAAGUUGGCUGAUUUUGGCAUGUGCAAAGAAGGCAUUCUGAAUGGCAUCACAACUACAACUUUCUGUGGCACACCUGAUUAUAUCGCCCCAGAGAUCCUACAGGAGUUAGAGUAUGGCCCAUCGGUGGAUUGGUGGGCUUUGGGGGUCCUAAUGUAUGAGAUGAUGGCUGGACAGCCACCUUUCGAGGCCGACAAUGAAGACGACCUUUUUGAAUCCAUCUUGCAUGAUGACGUGCUCUACCCAGUCUGGCUCAGUAAGGAAGCAGUCAGCAUUCUGAAAGCGUUCAUGACGAAAAGCCCAAAUAAACGUCUGGGCUGUGUUACAUCACAAGGUGGGGAAGAGGCAAUUAAACAACACCUAUUUUUCAAGGAAAUUGACUGGGUGCUGUUGGAACAGAAGAAAAUCAAACCCCCUUUUAAACCAAGGAUAAAAACCAAAAGGGAUGUGAACAACUUUGACCAAGACUUCACAUGUGAGGAACCUGUAUUGACGUUGGUGGAUGAUGCUAUUGUUAAGCAAAUAAACCAAGAUGAAUUUAAAGGAUUCUCUUAUUUCGGUGAAGAGUCGAUAGCCUAAGACUUCCUGGUACUGCCAUGACAUCCAAUGGUCUGACAAAUCUAGCAAGUUUUUCGGAUCAAGCUACUUAGUACUGUGUAGUAUCUGUAUUUCCCUGCAGGAAUAUGUGUUUAUAUUUUUAUUUUGUUCCCAUUAAAUUAAUGCACUCCAAGAUUUUAAUUCCUUAAUUUCUAUUUACAGAUAAUUAUUAUUUUGCCCAUACGUUCAGCUCUUCAUUGCAACCGGGUUAUAAGAAGAAACUAGUGUGUGUAAUGCAAACAGUAUUAAAAGUUCUGUACUACUUGUAGUACUACUGCAGGUUCAUUCAUAUACAGCAGGAAUUUCAGUACAAGGAAAUGGAACAGUUGUGUAUCAACAACAGCACGUGAAGCAAAAUUACGUACCAGAGCUUGAAUUGGAAGUAGAAGCUAAAGGAAAAUCAACCAUUGGCCAGCUUGUCUUGCCGAUCAGUUGAUUAUUCCACCAGUGUGGAGAUUGCUCAGGCAAAGAGAAAAGGUUACAGAGUGGUUUAUUUUAUUACAUUUAUCUUUUUUUGUGGAGAUCUUACACUGUUUUAAAUUGUCACUUAUUUGUGCAAUUUCUAGUGAAUUAGUGUGUUUGAAAUCGCAACAUCAUACAUCUGGAUGCUGCCUAGCCUAGAUGAAUACUCAACCAAGUAGAUUGCGAGUCAGUCAUGAUUUUGUGCUCACCUAGUUGACUACUUAAUUCUUUGGUGACUGCCCUACAGCAUACAGUGUAACAUUUUGCUGUAACUUAGAUCUUGAAAAAUCACAUUGCACUGAAUUGUAGGCUUUAUUUAAAACCAAUGUGCGUCACCAAAACCAGAGUUACCUUGAGUUAUUUGUUAUCGUAGUGUGUUAAUUUGGCACAUUGCACAAAUUCUUGUUUGUACUACUGCCCCUCAUCUGUACUAUAUAUUUUUAAAAUGUGUAUCUUAUUUUUGACUAAGCUAUGAGGGUAUGAAAUAUUGACCAUCAUCCCCAGGCACCAUCGACAACUGAUGAUCAAAUGACAUAAAAACUGACAAAAUAUAUGAUGAUUUGACUCUUUUUGAGUAAUCCUCUCAAAAUUGUGAUUGUGGUUGAGGAUAUAUAUGAUGGUGUACGCGAAUGCUAACAAGCAGGUCCUUCCUGGUUGUAUAUUAGUUUAAUAUUUCAUGUGUAUAUGAAUGUGACUGAAUGUGUGUAUGCAUGCAUGAAUGUGUGCCCCUAAUGUCACAUAAUUUUACUGGAUUGGUAUCCCAAUCACUGGGACCCACAUUAGCUGAUGCAUCUGGAUUCCCAGAUGUGCUGAAGUACUUGUGAGUCGCAAGGUAGCGCUAAAAGGGGCUCUUUGCUAUUUGUACAGGCAAAAAGUUGUAAAUACUGUUGCAUGUUCAGGCAUAUUAUAUAUAUUAUAUAUAUAGUAUAUAUAUAUUAGUCAUUGAAAUAAAGUAAUUAAUGAUAAUGUGCAAUACUCUGUGUAUUUGUUCAAAUUGCUGUCUAAUUUGAUAUUUUUUUUUGUCCAAUGUCAUAAUCUUGUAUUAAGCUAUACUGGAGCUCUUGAAGUAGAGUGCUUCAAACUGCAUUAAAGGUAUUAUUAAACAGUAAGAUGGAUAUUAUUGCAAACAUUUGCAGUGUUGUUACAAUUGUUCUCUUAAGGCAAGUUUGCUCAGAAUGGAGAUUCGAGUUGAAGGGGCAUUUCUAAUUAUUUAUGGGGCAAGAGACCAUUUUUGUAUGCAGAACUUAAAGGUUGGAACAUUUUUUUUGUAUCCUGUACAUUCCUCAAGCUUCAAUCUACUGUUUUAAGCAUGAGAUUAAUGGUGAUAUUGAUUUAAAGCAGGCCUUGGAUUUAAGCACACUUGUAUUUAGUUUGUACAGUUAAAGGGCAGGUAAGACAGGUGAUCAAGUUGGUUCAAUUAAUGUAAAAGGGCGUUCAAACUUGUUUGGCCAAAGGGCUCUUUCCAUGCUGUAUGACUCUAUGAUUGUGAAACUUUGCAUGGACAGAUAAUCAUUCUCUCAUUAUCAGCUUUUCCUUUACCAUUCAUUAUUGGUUCACAUGCAAAGAAAAUAAAUCUUUAUUCCCUCCUUGCUUAAUUCUAAAAUGGUAUUUCUCUUAAAUCUGAAAGCAAGUUCCAAAACGUCCCGAUCUGUAGUUUGAUCAUUUUUGUCCAUCUGCCUACUUCAAUGCAAAAAUAAAGCGACAGGGUUUCUGUCAUAAAUGCUCCUUUCUCAUUCAUCUUCUAUUACAUAGAAGAAACGAAUCGCAUGUCUGCUUUAUGAGGAGUGAUAAAAGGUUUGUCUCCAAAAACAAGGCUAAAAAAAUUACCUCUUUUUAAAUUAAGUAAUGUACAGAAUGAGUCUGGCUGAAUCAAAAUGUUUUAAGUUUAGUUGCUAUUUUUUUGUGAUGCUUUGUUUGUACAAAAGUUGUUUUCUUCAUGGAUGUAUUUUAACUCUCCUGCCAUACGUAGUGUUAUUUCAUUGUAAACCUUGUUAAUGUGUGCCAAAUGUACUGUGUGCAGCAGAAUGUGAAUGUGUAAUAUUUGUUUUAAGAUCCAAUAAAAAAGUACAAUGUCAAUGCAA